AUGGAGUUUGAAAUGAAAGAGAAAUAUGAUUUACUUUUCAAGUAUAUCAUUAUCGGAGACACUUCAGUUGGAAAAUCUUGCAUCCUUCAUCAAUACCUUAGGAAUAAAUUUGAUUCUAAUUCAAAGCAUACGAUUGGAGUAGAAUUUGGAAUAAAGUAUCUUAAGAUAAAUGAUCAGAUCAUUAAGAUAUAAAUUUGGGAUACAGCUGGGUAGGAAAGAUAUAAAUCCAUCACUAGAGGAUAUUUUAGAGGAUCUCUAGGAGUCAUUAUUGUCUAUGAUAUUACAAGUCUAGACUCAUAUUAGCAUGUCCAGCAAUGGCUAAAUGAAGCCCGAUAAUUUUCAAGGUAGGAGGCUACAUUUAUAAUGGUUGGAAAUAAAAAGGAUAAUGAGCAGGACAGGGUGGUAUAGAUGACUGACGCUGCUAAAUUCGCUUAAGAAAAUGAGACAUCCGCAUUGUCCGGUGAGAAUGUCGAAGAGGUGUUUAAUAAAAUGACUCAUACGAUCAUCUAUAAAAUAGAAUCAGGAGAGAUACCUGAUGAACUGAUAUUACUGCAAAAGCAUAAUCGUAUUGCUGUUAGUGAUAAAUAAUUGGGACUAAAAAUUGAAGAUCUAAGUAGCAAAGGUUGGAAUAAUUAUGAGUAAAUUAUAGAUAAGAGUUAGCUUCAGCAACUCAGACAUCUUGGAGCUGAAAUUCUAAGUUUGAUUGCAGCUGGUGAGAGACAGUUGCAAGAUUUCAGAGCAUAUGACAUUUUUAACGAAAUCGCAAGAUCAUCGCAAACUCUAAAAAGUUCUACACUCACUCAAGCAGAUAAGGAAGGAACAGUUGCUUAAAAAUCAAAAGAUGAGGUCGUUAUCGAGGAGAAAGCACUGUAUUGUUUCUUUAAGAAAUAAUUUUAACCUGAAAUCCUUGAAGGCGACAUUACUGACAGUGAGGUCAAAUACCUUAUAAAAAUCAUUGAUACUUAAAACAAUAAAAAAUUGCUCUACGAAGACUUUUUAUCUUUCAUUUUACCAAGGACUAAGAAAAAAUUUUCAAGAAGCAUUUUAAGAAAAGUAAAGAAACAUGAAAAAUUAACCCAGAAAAAAUCUUAUGAUUCUAUUUGCUCCAUUGGUAGGUUACUUGAGAAAGAAAUCGAGAUUUUAAGAUUAAUUUCCUAAUCUAUAAAGAGAUAUCAAAGGAAAAACAAGUGUGAUUUGCAGAUUUGCGACUUAUUUACUGCUAUUGAUUUAGGAGGUCACAGUAGAUUAACGAGGAAAUCAAGGCUUGAUACAGAUAAGGAUGAUGAACUUUGCUUCUCAGAUUUCUUCUCAGGAAUCUUGCCUUAUUUCCUCUUUUGCCAAAAAGGCUUGAAAGCAAAAAGAGCCAAAUCAAAUGCUGAUAAAAAGUUUCUUUAACCAACAGCCAAUCCUCUAAAUGAUAAGAGCAGCAACAUUAUAAACGAUAUUAACAUUUAAAAUAGCUAAAGAAUUCCAUCAAAGUCAUUAGGGAAAAAAUUAGGCGGAAAGAUAUUCAAGCGAGGAGGGGUGUCUAAGAAUGAAAAAGAAAAUAUGAAACCCGAAAUUCCUAAGAGAGAAAUUUCUGAAGUAAACUAAGAUUUGUAGGAAACUGAGGCUACAUUAAAGUUUGGAACAACAAAUAAACAAUAUUAAAUGCCUGAUUCUAUUGAGCAACAAUCUAAUUCUAUGUCAAGAUAAUGUUUGAGAGUUACAUUGCUUAACAAUACAUUUACAAGCUCUAAAAAACACACUUAGGACUCUCAUAACUAAACUGGGCCAUCUUUGUAGUUCGAAGUAGGAUUGAAUGAAAGCUUGAAAAAUAUAAGAGACCCUAACUUUUUCCAAAAGAAAAGUUUCCUUAAAAGCUAGGAGUCACUCUAGGCCAAAUCAGUGGAUAGAUGCCACAGACCAUAAACUGGAAAUAUUAGACACGAGACUCCUUCACUUAUUAAUAUAGAAACAAGUCAAAAUAAAAGCGAAGCUGGCUAAAUAUUAUAUAAAAAUACUUAUGAAGAAAAUACACCUUAUAAGAUUUAAGAGUUUUAUUCCCCUAAUAUUCCGAAUUAGUGCCUAAAUAAUAAUUAUGACUCAUAAUACUCAAAUUCUAAGUUUAAAACUGGAUAAAUGAAUGAUGUUGAGAUUUAUAAAAACUAAAGAACAUCAUCAGUAAGACCAGGUUCUAUUCUCAGCGUAAAAUAAAGUGCUACAAAAAAUUAAAAGAAAUAGGAAUCAAAAUCCCCUAAUAAAAAAUAAGUCAAAACAAAAGCUAAUUAAGCAAGCUAGACUAAUCUAGCUCAUCUGUAUAAAUUUUUCCAUGAGUGCAUAGACUUUGAUCGAAUCAUUGAAAUAGACAAAUAGUUACCAGAGAUUGCCAAUGAUCAGAUGAUAAGAUAGAAGGACUUCUUAAUAUUAUUUAUGCCAAGAAAUGCUGAAUUUGCGAUGUAUUUAAACCGCAAGUCAAGAUAAGAUUUUAUUGAAGCAGAGGAGUAGGAACUGCUGAUGAAAGGGAUUUCAGAGGAGACUCAUCUUAGACUCCUUAAGUUCUUUUAAGAUUUUAUUGCUCUAGAAAGUGAACUGGAGAAUUAAAGGCACUAACUCUAAAAUCAAUUAACAGAGGAAUAGAUAAAGAUUAUAUUCAAAAGCGUUGAUAAAAAUAAAAAAGGUCAUGCUAUAGUCGAAGAUUAUUUGGAAUACUUUAAAGAUCAUUACAACGGAGGAAUGCCUUUUACUAAUGACGACAUCCAUUAUUUGUUCAAGAGGCAUGAUAGAUAUAGAGUAGGUAAAGUGCUUGAAUAAGAUUUCAUUAAAGAACUCACACCUUUCCCACUUAAUUUUACAUGA